GCGCGCAGCUCAGUGUGCCGGGACAACAGCACAAACAGACGCUCAUCAGAACUUUACGCGCACUCUGCGUCUGAUACUCUUUCAUUCAUCAUCUCUGUUUAGGAUUUGUCGCAGUUAUUUUUGCGCUUUGACUGUAAUUUUACGCACGAUUUCACGCACACGCAGAUCAGCUGAGCGCUCCGAGCUUUUACAGUAGUAGUAAGAAAGAUCAGAGACAGACAGACAGACGGUCAGCAGCAGCAUCAAUGAUGAAAGUUUGAGGAAAUGCUGAAGGUGAAAGAGCAGGGCUGUCAUCCAGGCGUGGCUCGGGCUGGAUAUGGAUGUCUAUAUAAAUGAGUCAAUUCAGUCUGAUCACAGAUGAAAUGAGCGUCUCUCUCCUCUCCGCUCUGUAAACACACGCGCGCGCGCUUUCUCGUCAUGGCAGAGGUGGCUGGCUUUUUCGGGAGCAUUGAUCUGGAUCUGCACGCUUUCCCAGCAUUAGGGAACGUGCCUCUGUCGGACGGUCUGAAUGAGAGACUGGGUCUGAUCGAGGGCAGACUGCAGCGCGGAUCGCUUACGGAUUUUGGCCACCUGAAGGGCAUCCUGCGCAGGAGACAGCUGUACUGCCGCACCGGCUUCCAGCUGGAGAUAUUUCCCAACGGGACGGUACACGGGACCAGACAGGACCACAGCAGGUUCGGUAUUCUGGAGUUUAUCAGUCUGGCCGUUGGGCUGGUGAGCAUACGAGGCGUGGAUGCUGGUCUCUAUCUGGGGAUGAAUGAGAAGGGUGAACUCUACGGGUCGAAGAAGUUGACAGCAGAGUGCGUGUUUCGCGAGCAAUUCGAGGAGAACUGGUACAACACGUAUGCGUCCACGCUUUAUAAGCACGCAGACACUGGAAGAUACUAUUAUGUGGCCCUAAACAAGGAUGGUUCACCUCGAGAAGGUGGCAGGACUAAAAAGCAUCAGAAGUUGACUCACUUUCUGCCCAGGCCAGUUGAGAUUGAGAAGAUACCCCAGGAGUACAGAGACUUGUUUCAGCAUAGGUGACCAGAAAUGUACCCAGAGUUCCUGGGUUGGAGAGGCUCUGUGAAGAUGCUGGGUGGGAAAGACGGACACCGAAGAACAUUAAGAAACACGAGAUCCUCCCUCUCGCCUCUCGACUGUUUAUAGUUGGGUUCUAGUCCAAAAUGAGGAACCCCUCUCCAACAGUGACUGAGAUAAACAGUAUGUGUGUGUCCUGGAUGGCUCUGUUUCCUCUCCUUAAUGGGUUUUAAAACACAGAGAAGAGGGAACAUUCCUGCAUCCAAAGGUGGUGCCAAAAGAUGUCUCGAGAAAGAGGUGUUGACUUCAGAGCCACGUGACAUGUACAUGCCAUGCUAUCACCCUUUCUUCAGACAGUCAUUGUGGGAACCAUACUUUUUAAUAGCAUUUUGGGAAUGUUCUCAUUGGAAAACAUUGGGUCUAAACCCAAUAAGCACCCACUUGUCUUGUCACUCAAGUAUAGGAAGUAAAACUGCCUUUGACCAAUAAUAUUGGCCUUCAAAAAACCAACAUGCCCAGCCUGGAUCCUGGUGCUGAGAGGUUAUGUUAAUCGGACACAGCACUUACCAAGAUGGACACGGAACGUGGAUGAUAUUCCCUAGGACAUAUACAAACGCUUUGUGAACAUACCUUUAAAGAGAAAAACAAUCAGUUGUCAAUCAAAAAGCACCAAUUGUGAGGACCAGAUUUAAAGUUUUUUUGAUGGGAAUGGUAACAAACAUUUUCCCCAUUUAGCACAAAUGUACACCGGGUUUUAUGUCUGAUAAAACUGAUAAAAGCUAUACAUUUUGUAGAAACAAACAAUGAAAUAUUUUAGGAUAUUAUUCAGUUUAAGAAGGAAAAAAUGUCUGGUGCUUACAGAAGAGUUGAGCUUCGGUCAGGGUGACUUCUAAAUGUUCAGACUGUCAGGAAAGAAAUUAGUGAAAGACGUGUAAAUAUGGAUGAACCUAUUUAUGAGAUGUACAAUAUAUAUUUAUUUUCUACAUAUAAAGUAUAAUUAUAAAUCUAUAGAAAUAUAUUUAUUUAUUUGAAAGACUCUAUUUUGUAAUGAACUUGAAGUUAUUCUACUGAAAUUAUACAGAAGGGCUAAACCAUUUGACCGGAUUAGUUGACAAUAAAAUUGUCCUGCUAUCAAGUCUGUAUUGUCACUGACCAUAUCUGCAAGGAUUAUGU